CUUCUUCCAAAUCAUCCUAAACCUCCAAUCAAAUCAUCCAAGAUGAGCUACUCUCUCUACGACGCCUCCGUCCCCCUGGCCAAGAGCGCCCUCAACUCUCUCGCCAACAUCCUCAAGCUGGGUGAGGCCUCGCCCAACGCGGCCACCCUCCUCGCCGCCCGCAUCCACGACGACAUGCUUCCUCUGGUCUUCCAGGUCAAGAUGGUCACCGAUACCUCCACCAAGAUCGUCGCCCGUCUGACUGGCGUUGAGCCCCAUGCCUGGGAGGGUGAGGUUGAGACCUUUGCCGACUGCUACGCUCGCAUUGAGAAGGCCCAGGAGAUCCUGGCCGCUGCCGACAAGGACGUCAUCAACCAGCGCCAGAACGAGCUCGUUACCGUCGGAAUGGGCUCUGCCGGAACCUUCCAGAUGGCCGGCGGCAGCUACAUCAACGGCUAUGUUCUGCCCAACCUCUUCUUCCACCUCUCCACCGCCUACAACAUUCUGCGCAAGGAGGGUGUUCCCCUGGGCAAGCGGUCCUACCUUGAUUCCUUCAUCGGCCAGUACAUCAGCCAGUAAAAAGGAGAAUUGAUGUCAGCAAUUGACGGAGGGAGAAUAAGCUGAAAGAAUGACCAAGACACGGGUUCUAUGUUUGUAUUCGAAAAAGCGCUGUUAAACCAAUACCCGAUGGAUUCUCUCUCGCAAAAUGAAAGAGACGGCAAUGCAUUAGCAGAAAAAGUGAAUUAAAUAAAUUAUUCCUUAUG